AACCAAGCAUCUGUGCCGCUACUGAAACGUUCUGGACCUCCAAGUGUAAUUUUUGCCAGUGCGCAAACGGCCAACCACCAAUGUGCCAAUCGGUAGAAUGCGGUUAUGAUUUAGGCGCUCCGACUGCAUGUCCACGCUUCAUGAUGGUUCCAGACCCAAAUGGUGGCUGCUGUGAUGUUUGUCCCGCAGGAGCAGGCGCGGAAGAGGAAGAAAUUCUUGAACCUGAGGUCGAAGGCUCUCAGCAACCAAGUCAAAAUAACCCAACCCAACCACCUACUGAAGAAGAGGUAGAGGAAGAGACCGUUGCGUCUCCCAAUACAGCACCAACAACAAUGCCGAUUCACAGUGGCCCCAAUGAAGAGACUGUGGCACCCCACAGUACAACACCAACGCUUCCUAUACCCAAUAACCCAGAGGAAGAAGUAGGAGGUACUGUUGCACCCUCAACUCCAACUAAAACACCACCAUCAACGGUCCCAACACACAAUAAUCCCGAGGGAGUGGUAGAAGAAAUAACAGUGAAACCCUCUGCGUUUCCAACGACAAGGACAACUACUUCUAGUGCCACUACGUCUAAGAAUACGACGACACGAACGAGCCGAAAUUCCAUCAUCGGUUGCGCAUUUUUAAUCCGAGAUGUAAGAACGAAAUUUUCGCUUGGUUAUGCGAUAUGUUCAAUGGCUCUGAAGAAUGAGAAAAGGAAAGAAAAAGAAAGGAAAGAACUGCAGUUUUGGGACAGAGUGGUUACAUCAAAGUUGUUUAGAAUAAGACGAGAUACCGCUGAGAAAGAAAGACUGGUAUCGCAUAAGAAAUAAGACGAAGCGAAGUCAGUAAAAUCGGAGGAAACAACGUGGGAAUCAAUUUAAAUUUUUGUUGAUAUUUUUAUUUAUUUAUAUAUGUUAUUAUUAUUAUAAUUAUUAUUAUCAUAAACUCCAUUGUACACAAAAACUUGUAAGAACUAAGUCGUUAAUCCCAAAAGCUAAAUACAAUAUCUCUUCACAUGAGAAAAAAAAGGAAAAAGACGAGUGGCCGCCAUGUUAGUUGACAUGACCAAAGACACCAAGAUCAAACUUUAGUCAAAGUCAAUCAAAAUGGCAGCUAUUGCGACACAUGCACUGCAAAAGUAAAACCAAACAUUUCUUUCAGGAAUUUUAAAAAUAUGCACGUGAACAAUAACACUAAAAUGGCUUCACCAUUUUCAUUGGGUUUUCAUUUAGUCAAAAUCGCGCAAAAAAUAACUAAGCUUGUGACUUUUUUUCCGCAAAUAAAAGUCAGUUCUAAACCCUUACACUACUUAACGCGGUAUACAACGCUUCGAAUAUUCAGCGUUGGUAAUCUUCAUACUUUUUGUUAUAUUUCUGGUUUUUACGACGAAAUUAUUUUCUUUGACAAAUUACGUUAAAUAGGAAUUUUAUUUUCGUUUAGUUUCAAGAUAUGUAUUAAGUAAAAGGAAUGAUUUAGUUAAAUUGUGUUCAUGGUAAUACUUAUACACAUAUGUCUUUACCUGAAUUCUUUAAAAGUAAAGUAAAAUCUUGGUUCUAAUUUGUCUCGAUUCCCUAAGCGUACGAGAGAAAGAGAAAGAAAGAAAAAAGUAAGUAAGGAAGAAAGAAAGACAGACAGAAAGAAAGAGAAAGAAAGGGAGGGCGGAAGGAAGGAAGGAAGGAAGGGAAAAAAUUGAAAAUAAGAAAGGAGGAAAGAAUAAAAAAGAACAAAAGAAAAAGUAGAUAUUUUAAUUCGCGGAAAUGUUCCGAAAAGUUCCCGACAAACCAUCGAAUAAACACGACGAUUCAACUGAUUUUAAUUCGCAAAAUUGAACGUGAUAAGUCGAAAUCACUUUGCUACUAAAUAAAUAAUGUAUUUUGCUGUUUAGUCCUUAGUAAACGUAUCUUUUUGUUUUAUAA